AUGGAAAACAACAUUCAAUACACUACAGAGCCUUGGCACUUGACCGCAUACGAAUUUCAUUACAACACACCUUCGCGACGUGAUGAUAUGACCUAUACACAAGAAAUUUUUCAACGGACUAAAGGAGUACAAUUUAUGGAAAGAUUAAGGACAAAUCCUUCUUUAUCACUUGACAGUUAUACUUACGCAUUGGCCGCUCACUAUUUCCACAUAUUUUACUUGCAUAAAAGUCUGAAAGAAUUCAACUGCUUUGAUAUUGGUGCAUCAUGUCUUUUCCUUACAGCAAAAUUAACGGAUAACAGACGAGAUCUCAAUCUUAUCUCUGAUCUCAGUGCGCGAAUAUCCUUGAAACAAAUGCAACAGAUGAGCAAUGAUCAUGAAAUUAAUAAAUGGAGACAUAAAAUUUUGAAAUAUGAAUCCAUCAUAUUUUUUGAGAUAUACCCUUACUUGGAAAUUAAACUUCCAUUUCAAUUUUUGUUCAUGUUUCGUGACUCUCUUACCGGUUAUGACCAAGAGAUAGUGAAUCGCCUAAUCGGAUGCAGUUUUCAAUUACUAAUGGAUUGUCCUAAAACAAUAUCGGCGGCUGCGAUAUUCGUUGCUGCAAAAUCUAGUGACAUUCCAUUAAAUGAUGAUCCAAGAGCCGGUGCAUGUUGGUUUGAACUUGCAAAAGUUGAGGAUAUUAAUACAGUUGCUGCAGCCGUUGAUUAUAUCUUGCAAUCCUAUACAACUGGACCUGUCGUUAAAAAAUUUGGUUGCUCACAGGAUCCAAACUGCCCAAAUAACCCCCUUCAUUUUGGUUGUACAGAGAUCGAAUACAUUGGACGAGCUCAA